AUGAUGAUUAUUAAGUCUGAUGAUAAUGAUAAUGAUGAUGAGGUUCGAGUAUUCUUCGAUAUCAAUGUUGGAGACGAGUAUAUUGGUAGGAUAAUAUUCAGAUUGUAUAAUAAAGAUGUCCCAAUAAUAUGCGAAUCCUUUCGACGUUUAUGUACUGGUGAGAAUGGUGUUAGUUUAUCAUGUGGAUAUAAACCUAUGCAUUAUACCAAUACCAUAUUCCAUAGAGUUAUUAAAGGGUUUAUGUGUCAAGGUGGAGAUUUCGAGAAUAAUGAUGGUACUGGUGGUGAAUCGGGUUAUGGUGGUAAACUACCUGAUGAAGGCUUAUCAUUACAUAAACAUAUUAAAAGAGGUAUACUCUCUAUGGCUAACUCUGGACCUAAUACUAAUGGAUCACAGUUCUUUAUUACAUUCAGACCAUGUCAUCAUCUAGAUGGUAAACAUGUUGUAUUUGGUGAAGUUAUCAAAGGUUGGGAUAUACUCAAUAUUAUUGAGAAUAUUGAUACUAAUGAGAGGGAUAAGCCCAUUAAUAAUGAUAUUAUUAUUAUACGUAGUGGUCAACUCAUUAAAGUACCUGCUAGUAGUAAUAAAUAA